AGCAACACAUACAACAACAAAUCUGAUGACGUUUUACACAUUUCCGGUUUAAUUAUGUCCACCCAUUCAGCAUUGUUUACGUCUUGCUGUGAUUUAUUUGAUCCACAGUUCAUAAUUAAGGGUAUCUUAGAUGUUGAAAAAUUGCCACCCAGUAAUAAGGAAAUUGAAGAUAUUGUAAGUUAUAGCUGGAAUAUUGACACCAAAUACUACACUGCUGAAAUAAAAUUAUGUACUACAAAAAAACGCACAGUUGGGACUGAGGAGUUUGCAGAUGGUGUCGAAGCAAUAGUAAUUUAUUUCAAUGCAGGCCAGGAAGAGAGCUUUGAUUUAGCAAAGGCAUGGUUACCAUACCUGAAAGAAAUAUCUCCUGCAAUACAGUUACUGGUAUGCAAGAACAUUCCUCAGAAAUCAGCAAAUCUACGGCAUGCCAUACAUAUGUGGUGUCUUGACAAUGACUUUGAAUUGGUGGAGUUGGAACCAGAAGUCAAAGUUGAUGAGGAAGAUGAUUUCCAAGAAACCACAGGAAUUGAAAGAAUCAUCCAGGCCCUACAUGCACACAUGUGGCCAAACAUGAUCCUUAAAGAGAGUCCUCACACAGUCAGUCCAUACAUGAGGAAGCUGAUGGAGGAAGAAUCAGCAUCAAAAUCCAAGCAAGAGCAAGAGAGUGCAUCUAAGGGAGACAACUCUUCAUCACCAGAAAAAGACGACUCUGACUCUAACAAAACUCAAGAAAAGAGCAGUACAGACUCAGUGGCAGAGAAAUCACCCACAGCUAGUAAAUCCCUGAAAGAGGAAGGAGACAAGGCAGCUCAAGUCUCUACAAACAAGGACAAGAUGAUAGAUGACCUAUUACCUGCUGAUGAUCUUGCCUUCAUGCAGUCUUUGUGUUCAGAAGAAGAUGAGGAGGAGGAAUCAUUCGAACAGCUCUUCUCAAAGUUCAGGCUUAUGAAAGAAAAAGCAGAGUCUCUACCACAAGACCAGAAAAAGAAAUAUGCAGAAAAGGUAACUAUUGCCUUUUGGAAAGCCAUUGGUGGAGAUGAGGAUGAGAUUGGGGAUCUUUCUGACCUCAGUGAUGCAGAGAUGCCAUAAGUCCACAAGAAAAUGUUUCGGAAAAUUGGAUUGAAUCACAUUUCCAAACACUGGGUUCUUUACAAGGGCAGUCUGCAGGCAGACUUAACACUGUGAAGGCCAAGCUCUACCACUGACUUCUGCAUGAGCUGUUCAUGUUCUCUAUCAGCUACAAGCUGGUAGUGUAAUAGACUUCAUGAAGUUCAAAUAAUUUUUUUUACUUGCUCAUAUUUUUUGUUUGCAUGUCUUACCCAUUAAAAUGGUUGUGACUGAGAGAUAGAAAGAAAUGAUGAAAUCAUUGAAGAACUUGCAUAUGAUCUUGAAAAAUGUUGAGCAAACUAUAUAUCAUGUGGUGUAGUUAUUUUUUGAUGCAGGGGGAGGGCAUAAAAAGACUAUGGUACAUAUGAAAUAUAGCGAAGGUAUUUUAAGAAACUGCAAUAUGAAUUCGUUUUUGACUUGACUGUGUGUUCUGUUUUUACAAAAUGUGCUGAUCAUAAAAUUGGGUUAAUGGUAUAAAAUUACCGCAAUAUCAAAUGGAAUAAAAUUUCUCAUACUGAUAAUAUAAAUUAUGGUGCAUGUUUGUCUUGUCUUUGUUUAAAAUAUGAGCAACAUUUGUUUCUGUAUUUUUUGUUGUUGGAAAACUGCAAUUCCACUAUUGGUAAGCCAGACCUUUGCAUUUGUUACACCUGAAUCUAAUGGCUGAAGUGUAGUAAAUCUUUAAUACAUUGCCUUGAUGUCUGCA